AUGCCACCAGCAGCGGUGGCCGUGGCCAGUGGCGAUUGUGGACUGUCCACAGACAGCGUUGGCAGCAAGGGGUGGGGGCUGCCCCGCUACGGCGCCGAGCUGUACGGCUGCAAGGAGGCGGUGCGCAGGGAGAUCCACUCCGCCAGGGAGGUUAUUGCCCUGGUGAUGGAUUCCUUCACAGACAUGGAUAUCUUUAAAGACCUUCAAGAAGCCUGUAGCAAGAGGCAUGUUAAAGUGUACAUACUUCUGGAUCAGGCUUCAUUUCCCCACUUUCUGAAAAUGUGCAGCAAUUUGGGAGUUAAUAUUGAAGAGCAAAAGCUGAUGAGGGUCCGAAACAUAAAUGGAAACACGUAUUAUACAAGGUCAGGAGCCAAAAUUGUUGGGAAGGUCCAUGAAAAGUUCAUGUUGGUUGAUGGCAUAAGGGUGACAACAGGUUCCUACAGUUUCACAUGGACUGAUGGGAAACUAAACAGCAGCAACAUCAUAAUUCUAUCAGGCCCAGCAGUUGAACACUUUGACCUGGAAUUCCAGAUCCUUUAUGCGGAGUCAAAGCCCAUCAACCCCUGGCUGUUGUCCUGCAGCCAAGAGCGUGAAAUGGCUAAUCAGCUGAUCAAACCAUGGAUAUCAAAGACUUGAUGAGGAAAAGCUACUUGCAAAUGGAUUUUUCAACUUCAAAGCAUUUGUCAGGAGACAUAAGAAGGAAACAGUCAGCUGUAUUCUUCUGGGGAAGCAAGGCAUAUGUCAAAUAUUGACACAAGAGCUUCUUCACCAUUGACUCAGAAUGACCGUGGGGUCAUGAAGCUACAUUGGAGCAAAGGGAGAUAAACUGUAGCUGUACUUGGACUGAAACCUGAGAACAACCUCUGGUGA